UUGAUACAUACAUUUUUAUGAUAUUUAUGAGCUGUUCAAUCUAAGAUUACAAAAAUACGAAAUACUUUGUUAAAAAUUUAUAAAAUAUUGUAGUAAUUAUCAUAUUGCAUGUCUUAAAGAAUUUUCUUGCGUGUUGCUGAUUGAGAGCGAUAGUAUGGAAAAACGAAUGCGAGGAUCGAUUUCUCAUCUGUAGAAACCUACGGCGGGAAUCGAGUGAGACAGACGCGGGUUCGUCGCUUCGCCCGUGGAAGUCCGAUUUCGGGGACCUCGGGCACAUCGCGCUGCGCAACAUGCGGCAGCCUUUGGCAUAUCGCUCGAGCACGCGGCGGAUGUUUGCAAUCUCUCGAGUGGCAUACUUGUAUUUUGCACUCUCGCUGUCUCGCGACGCGGACGGAGAGGGAGGGCGAAAGAAAAGAGAGAAAAGAAAGAACGCGAGACGCGCGAUUGUGUCUCCGCGCGAAAUUUGCACGCGAGGAGAAGAAAGGGGAGAAGGGGGAAAAGGCUGGUGCCACGCGAGUAUGCAUGUAUGUAUACGUGCCUCAUCCCUGGCUGUUACGUACACAGGAGCGCGAUAUAUAUAUUCUCCGUUAUUACGCGAUCGCAGAAAGUCCGCGUAGAAUGCCGACGAUUGAGUCAACCCGCGUUGUGCCCGCCGCCGCUCUCUUUCUCCUUCUCUUCUCCGCCUCGCCUCCCACUUGAUCGGUCGACCGAGUCAUCGCCACUACUACUCGGCCGAGUCAUCGCCACUACUACCUCGGCACCCAGCAUUCGACUCAUCCGCUCGCCGCUCGCUCGCUGUUCUGACUUUAUGCUCCAGAGACCACGCACGUUGCGCGAUAGUUCAACCGUCGCGCCAGGACGGUGCAGCUGAUAACGCGAGAUCAUGGCACCGACCCUCAGCAAGUUCGCCACGAGACGCACGCUGGCCGGUGCGGUCGCGGUCGGCACGCUGAUCUGGAUACUCAGGAACCGCAGCCGGAGGCGCACGCAGCGGUCCAGUAACGGUGUGGAAACUUGUAGGAACUUGCAGUGGCCCAUCGGCAACGACAUUCACUAUGUCAUCACGGAGAAGAAGCCGAAGAGCCCAAAGGCGCAGGUCAACUCCAUCUUCUUCCGCAGACUCUACGCGCUGCUCAAGAUUGGUAUCCCUGGUGUACUGUCACCAGAGUUCGGCUUUGUGCUUCUGGUGGCGUUUGCCUUGGUCGGCAGGACCCUGUGCGACUUGUGGCUGAUCAAAAAGAGCACUCUGAUCGAAACGUCGAUUGUCAACAUGGAUGGACCAUUGUUUAAGCGGCAUUUGCUGACUCUCUUCAGCAUGAUGCCAUUGAUAGCGAUUGUGAACAACAUGCUGAAGUAUGGUAUAAGCGAAAUGAAGUUGAGGUUGCGUACAAAUAUUACGCGUUAUUUGUUGGAUCAUUAUCUUAAGGGCUUUACUUAUUACAAGAUGAGUAAUCUGGACACCCGAAUCGCGAAUCCAGAUCAGCUGUUGACUACGGACGUUGAUAAGUUCUGCGAAAGUUGUACGGAUCUUUACAGCAACAUAGCAAAGCCUAUAUUGGAUAUUGGACUUUAUGUAUACAGAUUGACAACCACUCUUGGUGGGCAGACGCCACUCUUAAUACUUUCAUACUUAGCGGUAGCUGGCACUUUUUUGACUCAUCUUCGCAAGCCCAUUGGAACAAUGACGGUCAAAGAGCAACGACUGGAAGGAGAAUAUCGUCAUAUUAAUUCAAGGCUGAUUGUUAAUUCAGAAGAAAUAGCCUUUUACGGAGGAAAUAACAGGGAGAAAUUAACGCUACUAACUAGCUUCCACAAACUUGUGAUGCACCUUCGUAAAUUCUUGGAAUUUAGGGUCCUGAUGGGCGUAGUAGAUAAUUUUGUUGCAAAAUACUUUGCUGUUGUGGUCGGCUUCUACACGGUGAGCAUACCCUUCUUCCAGAAGAAUCACCCCGUACUCUCUGGCACGCCCGAUCACAGGUUCAAAUCGUACUACACAUACGGUCGGAUGUUGGUGAAGCUGGCUGAGGCGAUCGGCCGAUUGGUACUUGCCGGCAGGGAAUUGACGCGGUUGGCGGGAUUCACGGCGCGAGUCACCGAGCUCACGAAGGUUCUCGACGACUUGAAUACCGGGAAAUACGAGAGAACGAUGGUUUCGGAUUACAAGGAUAACGCGAUCGGUUAUCCCGGUAACGGCAAAAUCGUGCCGCGCGACAAUAUCAUACGAUUUGAGAAGGUUCCUCUGGUGACGCCGAACGGAGACGUGCUCAUCAAAGAGCUGUCGUUUGAAGUGAAAUCAGGGCUGAACGUGUUGGUUUGCGGCCCGAACGGCUGUGGCAAGAGUUCCAUGUUUAGAAUUCUCGGUGAACUGUGGCCAGUUUGGUCUGGAACCAUUACGAAACCACCGCGCGGUAAGCUCUUUUAUAUUCCGCAACGCCCUUACAUGACGCUGGGCACGUUGCGAGACCAGAUCAUAUAUCCUCAUACGAAGGAGGAAAUGAAAAGACGUGGUAACGCUAACGACGAGGAUCUCAAAAAGUUCUUGGAACUGGUGCAAUUGACUCAUCUGUUGGAAAGGGAAAGUCUCAACAACAGUGAAAGACAAGGUUGGGACGCGGUGGCUGAUUGGAUGGAUGUUUUAUCGGGUGGCGAGAAACAACGUAUAGCAAUGGCUCGGCUGUUUUAUCAUAAACCGCAAUUUGCGAUCCUGGAUGAAUGCACGAGCGCAGUCAGCGUCGACGUCGAGGAUUCGAUGUACAGAUACUGUAGGCAAGAGAACAUCACGCUGUUUACGGUCUCGCAUCGCCGCUCUCUUUGGAAGCAUCACGAGUACUACUUACACAUGGACGGCCGAGGAAGCUACGAAUUUAAGCCGAUUGAACAAGACACGAUAGAAUUUGGAUCGUGAAUUCUACGUCCCUUGCGGAGGGAUAUGCGGAAACGCGCCUAUAUGCAAGGGACAUCUAACUUAGUCCUUUUUUCCCUUUAUUCUACAAUUCUAGCAAUUUAAUAGACGAAAUUUCAUUUAUUGUUUAACAGUUUUAAUAGAUAAAGUGCGAUUAAAUUACCACAAGGUCGAUGUUAUUGAGUAUUAAAUAUGUAAUGCACAAGAGGCCUUUACGUAGAAUGUACAUCUAUCGUAUAGGAUUGUAUGUACUGUACCAAUAGGUACAUGAAGUAAAGAUAAUUGCAUUAUCACGAUUAUUUUCGGCUAUCGCGGAUUUUUUCAAGCAGGUAUAUAGUCAAAUCCGCCAUGGACAACGGUAUAUUUUAUUCACAUUUCGAUUAAUAUAUUUUUGAUAAUAUAUUAUCGAAUAAAUCUUGAGAGCUUAAAACAUAUGUAAUGUCAGUAUAAAUGACAUGAUACUUUUAAAUUGUUUUUUGAAGUAUAACUGUAAAUAUAUUCCAUCUUUUAGUGUUUAGAAUUUUUCUAUGUAAAUUUGAUUACCAGUGAUCAAUUGAUGGCGUUUUCGACCGGUGCCUGGUUAACCCGUCUCAGGUUCUUUUCCUCUACUGACCAAUCACAGUUAUCCCCUUCUUCAGAAGAAUAGCUGUGAUUUGCCUUAUGACGUCAUUAAUCGCUCUCUGAGCGAUUAACCUAGGCCGGUUGAAGACUCUAUGAGUUUCUACUUAGUGGAUACUUGUUAAACUAAACAACGUAGAUGUACGUAUAAGGUUUGUGAAAACUUGAAAUCGUGAGAAUUUACAGUUGUAUAUUGUAUCGUGGAAAGUGUAUAUAUAUGUGUACAUGACAGGAUUUACUAUAAAAUGCGUUUUGCAAGAAUGUAAUUAACAUCAUUGUGAAUGAUCAUACGUAAAAUGUUACUUGGAUAUGUGUGAGUUGGAUAUGAACAAAAAAAUUAUAACGAGAUUGCUGGACAAUAAGAGAACGCUAUAAUGAAGAAAGAUGAUUUAUUGUAAAUGCAGAGCAAAUUAAAAUCGAUAAAGCAUAUGUACAAAAAGGUGCUUUGAGGAAACUGUAAUUGCGAUUCUCUCUCUUCCACAUAUUGCAAUUGCAGACUUUUUCCUCCGUUUAAAGUUAUUACAAAUGAUACAGGGUUAUUUCAAGUGAAGUAUCACUUCCGUUGAUCUUUAGGAGAUAUUUCCUUUUAUUUUUUUAAAUAUAUAUACAUAUAUAUACAUCUCCUAAUAGAGUUAAAAUAUUUUAAUUCUCUGCAACAAUUUUUAUAGUUUUCUGAGAUACUUAUUCUAUUAUUCAUUAUAAUUGUUAUUAAAAAAUACACAAUGAUAAUACUUGGACUUAUUAAAAUAUAUUAAUAAGUCGAAUAAAAACCAAAAUCAAAAAUAUUUUCUUAGCAAAAAUUUCUAUGAAGCUAAUAACUGCAAAGAUAUUUUGUGAAAAAUAAAUUUUUUUUAAUCAGACAUGUACAAAUAA